UUUUUCGCUUUUAUAUUUUGCAUACUAAUAUAUGAUAUCCGAGGUAAAUAUUUUACCCUUGAAUGCAGGAACCUGUAUUAUACUGGUCACCCCGGGAUGGUUCGAUAGGGCGCAGAGCGAAGCCACCCCGACCACCCGCAACUCGCUUGUCGAUAUUCCUUCGUCGCAGUCGCGUUGCGCUCCAUAUUAAAUCGUCGCAUAUCAUUUUUAGUUUUGCUAAAAUGCUUAUGUAAUGAUAGAUUUUGAACUCUUGUAGUUAUAAUUUGGUAUUUUAUAUCAUUAACAGUGAUAGUGUGAGAGUGCAUUGCAGUUCCAGUGUGCUCGAACAUAAGCUUUGAACACUAGUGAAAGAUAAUGCUCAAGCUAUAUUGUCACGAAUUGGGAAAAAAAAAAGACGGGCCCAGCGAAGCUUCAAUUAACAAAUACAAUUCCAAUUCGUGUGAAAAAAUAUUUUCCGGGCAUCUCGGCAUGGAAGUGACGAAAAAAUCAAAAGUGUCGAGUAUGGAUGCGGAAAUUAUAAUAAAGUUUGACCCAGAUAAGAAACACAUGAAAAUAAAAAAAUGGCUUAACACCAUUGACCGCAUCGCCCAAGUGUACUCUUGGGACGAAGAUGAUCGCAUUGUCGUUAUGAAAGCUCGCUUACGGGGCGCCGCCCGGGAAUGGCUGGACGAACUCAAACAUGAGCCAACAACAUGGGACGAGUGGAAAGAGUGUUUAAUUGAUGCGUUUCUACGACCAUAUGAUUACGUCGAUCGAUUGCAGGAAAUGUUAGCAAGGAACAAGGACGACGGCGAAAAAAUGUCGAAGUAUUUCGAUGACAAAAUGCUCCUUAUAAAGAGAUGCGCCUUAAAAGGUAAGGCAGCACUUUCUUGCGUGAUCCGCGGCUUGCCUGUUGAGUUGCAAACGAAUGCAGAGGCAUUGGAUUUCGAAUCCCCAGAUGACUUAUAUAAUAACUACCUGUGGACCUUUGAGAACUAUAAAGAGAAGUCUGACCAAAAACUGACUUGGCAGCAGACGUCUAGGAAGACGUGCUUUUAUUGCAAGAAGACUGGCCACGACACAACCGAGUGUCGCUUCAACCGCUGCACGGUGUGCCGCCGCUUUGGCCAUGACACCAAGGACUGCUGGUAUGGCCCCGGAGCCGGCGCCGCUGGCGGCUCCCAGGCCGCCCGCUACAACAGCUCCAACCCGGGCUCAUCCAGGGGCCGACGAGGCUUCUAUUCAAACACCCAGAACCAGGAGCCCCAUUGGUUCCUGGAAAAUGUAGCGCAGUCGCCAACAUCCACUACUCAGGCUGAGAAGAAAAACAACAACAACAACGUGCCAUUUUACACUCGUCUGUAAACCGGAGUGGCCGAUACCUCGGUACGAGCUAAGUAUGAUAUGAUUAUGGUACCUGAGGACUUUGAGCGGCAGUCGUCACCAUCACGUGUGGACUGCGCGGGACUAAACUGCGAAGGCUUCCUUCUGACUGACUGGAAUAUCGGUAUUUAACACAUAUUACAUCAUAAUAUUACGAAUCUUUUUCAAGUUUUGAAUUCAAUCUCUGAGUGUGUAGUAAUAUUCAUAUUAACAAUAACGUCAAUAGUUUUUUCUUAAAGUAUUCAUGUAGUAGUUGUCAAAGAUUAGGGGACCUAUGGAGUUUCUUGCCGGUUCUUCUCCAUAGGGUUUUAUGUUUGAACCGUGCAUAAUAUAACGUCUUAUUGAUCUUAUUUUAGAUAGGAUACAGAUACCUGUGUAGUGAGCGUCUGUACGACGUAGGCUCCCGAUAGGGGAGCACAUCUCGAUAUUUUUUAAACGUCUUUGUAGUUGGUAGUCAUGAUAACUGACAAUGUGUCAUUGUAACCCCAAGCCACUAUAUCGAGCUUCGGGCCUAGUAUUCGUAAGAAAAUUAUUUCUAUAAUGUUGAGAUGUCUAUAUCUGGCCAAUUUGGAUUAUCUCAUUGUAGGUUUGUAAGUUUUGACUCUUUUCUUACAGUAACAAGCGAGCACAAACAGUUUUAUACGCAUUUAAACAAUAAAAUUGUUGUGAAACGAUUUCAUGCGACUCUGACAGUAGUCCCGUAUACGUUGACUUUUAUGGGAAUAUGCCAUUAAGCACAACACUCCACAGAUGGCUAUCUCUUUGUGUAUUUUGCGAUCUGUCAACUAUCGCAGUCGUAGUCAACAUUGAAUGUCUCCAUCUAUAAAAAUAAAAUUGUAUCAAGAACAACGUGUGCCAAAGAAUGUGUGCCACUUAGCAUUGAUGUAAUACGUCUAAAUUCUAUUAUAACACUGUAGUAACUACACGACUUAAAACGUUUUAAAAACAAAAAUAUUGUAUUAGGCUUAUAAAUUAUUUUUUAUAGUUAGAUAUUAAAUCAGACUGAGUUUUGAAUAUGUAUUAAAAAUGUGACAAUCUGUAUGACCGUUGUCAUCUUCUAUGUAGGUUUUUGACUGUAAGUCUUCUUAAAAACGAGUCAAAACUCUUAGGGUUUUGGUCUAUGUGACCUUACAAGUAUUUAUUCUUAGGUGAUAAGUUUUGACUAGUCUACCGUACCUAUUUUUACUCGACCACCCAAAAACGACUGUAAUAUCUACAGGGAUUAUGAUAUAUAUGUAUGUACGUUAGCUUAUUAUUUUCACGAUAUUUUUGAAUGCUUCAACUUUUUACAUUGUAUCGUGCAUCGCUAGGAUAUAAACGAUACAAGUGAUCUUAAUAUUUGUUUCGCAAAAGCAAUAUGAUUUGCUAUAUAAAAUUACUUUCAAUAUUUGGGGGGUGGUCGUGUUUCAAAUUAUUGAAUAAUAUGCUUGUUCAUAGAUUUUGGAUAUUCAGUUAAGUUCUGAGCGUAGGUAGGUAGAUAGUAUAUAAUAAAUGUCGUCAAUUGAUGUAAUUCUAUUCAACCAUCUAAGUGGAGUAGAUAAUAAACUUAAUAAAAUAAUAAUGAUCGUCAUUUAUUUAUUCACAAGCCCCUCAAUCCUCAAACCAGCUCUUGCGAAUGUAUUCCAUGUCUUAUUUGAGGUAUUGGUGCUUGGGUGUAAUUAAGUUCUACAAACCAA